AUGAAUUCUGCAAUUGCUGACCGUGUUUUGCAUUUAGUAGUAGUUCAGAACUUGGCUUCCAUCACCAACGAUCAAACUCCAGUGACAGAUCAGCGCCAAAGAAACCUGGAAACGGACGGCAUUAGCUUUUGGUUCCCAAAUGGCAAAUCACAAACAUUGGGGGACUGGAGUGAAGUCUGUAUUGAGGCCUUCCCAGUUCUAGUUCCACCGGUCACCCUGCACACCAAUCUCAGCGACAUCAAGUGCGAGAUUGCCUGCGAUGAAGUCCCCAAGGCCUCUGAGAAUUUCCUAGCAUUAUGUGCUAGUGGUUACUAUGAUGGAACCAUUUUUCAUCGGAACAUCAAGGGGUUCAUGAUCCAGGGAGGAGAUCCUACAGGCACGGGCAAAGGAGGGACUAGCAUAUGGGGCAAGAAGUUCAAUGAUGAAAUUCGAGAAUCUCUUAAGCACAAUGCAAGGGGAAUCCUUUCAAUGGCAAAUAGUGGACCAAAUACAAAUGGAAGCCAGUUCUUCAUCACUUACGCAAAACAACCUCACCUUAAUGGACUGUACACAGUCUUUGGACGCGUAAUCCAUGGAUUUGAAGUUCUUGACCUAAUGGAGAAAACGCAGGCAGGGCCAGGGGAUCGACCACUUGCUGAGAUCAGGCUGAAUCGUGUAACAAUACAUGCAAAUCCUCUUGCUGGUUAGUCUUCCAUUGCAAUAAGACCUGCAAGGUUAGAACUAUUUUCUAGAAUCUGAAAUGUAUCCAAGCUUUUUUUUUUUAUAUAAGAGGGAAAUAUUUCCUCUCCAUGAAUUAAAAAAACCAAAUGGAGCGGUGAACCACUUUUGAGUUCAGGAUGCUGUGUUUGGAUAGAAUGAAACGAGAGUGUUUGUUUUGGCGUUU